UCUGUCUGUCGAUAAGAUGCUAAUACAAAUUCGAUGUUUUUCAAGCUAAACGGAGUGAUGGACGAGUGUCUGUUGUGCACCCGCUUCGAAUAGCAGAGAAAUGGACCGAACUGAGAAAUCAUGUGCUCCUCUGUCACAGGGAAGAGAAGAAAGCAAAACAGACAAGGCAAACACACUUGUGUCUAUGAAAACAGGGAAACGUUUUCCCAUCCCAGAUGAAGACAGGCUUGGUCUCUGCAGGAGUGUUUCAGACUUUGAGAAGUUAAAUAGAAUAGGAGAGGGCACAUAUGGAAUUGUUUAUCGAGCCCGAGAUACACAAUGUCAUGAGAUAGUUGCGCUAAAGAAAGUACGGAUGGAAAAAGAAUCAGAUGGUCUCCCAAUCAGCAGUUUGCGGGAAAUCCACCUCCUCAUUAACCUCCAUCACAGAAACAUUGUUCAUCUGAAAGAGGUUGUCGUUGGAAACCAUCUAGAUAGUAUCUUUCUUGUGAUGGAGUACUGUGAACAGGAUUUGGCCAGUUUGCUUGACAAUAUGAUCACCCCAUUCACAGAGGCACAAGUCAAAUGCCUGACUUUACAGAUGUUUAAUGGAUUGAGAUAUUUGCAUGAUAAUUUUGUGAUACAUCGAGAUUUAAAAGUUUCCAAUUUAUUGCUGACUGAUAAAGGAUGUCUUAAGAUUGCUGAUUUUGGUUUGGCAAGGACAUAUGGGAUCCCAUUAAAACCCAUGACACCAAAGGUUGUGACUCUGUGGUACAGAGCUCCAGAACUGUUACUGGGAUCUAAAGAACAGACGACAGCCAUUGAUAUGUGGGCUAGUGGUUGUAUAUUGGGUGAAUUACUGGCACAUAAACCGUUGAUGCCUGGAAGGUCUGAAAUACAGCAGAUUGAUAUGACAGUAGAGUUAUUGGGAACUCCAAAUGAUACAAUAUGGCCGGGUUUUUCCAAAUUACCACUACUGGAGUCAUUUAGUCUAAAAAAACAACCAUACAAUAAUCUAAAACAUAAAUUUCCAUGGUUGUCUGAUGCUGGUCUACGUUUACUGAACUUCCUUUUUGUUUUUGAUCCAAAGAAAAGAGCCACUGCAGAAGAUUGUUUAGAAAGUUCCUAUUUCAAAGAACCUCCAUUUCCGUCUGAUCCUGAGAUGAUGCCAACAUUUCCUGAACAUAGAAAUAAACGAAAAUCAACACAACCACCAAUGGAGUCCACAUCGUCCUCACAAUAUCAAGACUUUGGUGCAUUUGGAUCCUCAAAAACAAAAAAAAAAUGAAGAGAAUUUAAUUUGAUUUGCGUUUUAACCAUUAUAUCGUGUAUAUAUAUAAAUAAAACAAUUUUAUUUUCGUAUUUUUCAGUGGAGGAUAUUUUAAAUGCUAUAUUUAAUUUGGUUAGUUUGGUAAUGCCACUAUGUUUUAUUUUAAAUAAAUGUUUACACUGGCCUUA